AUGCCCAAGAAGCAAAGUUCAAACUGGUCGGACCCUCGAACAGUCAUGGCAAGGCACACACAUGUGGCAAAACUUUCGUACCCUAUUAACUGGGAGGAGAUCAGAGCCUUGUUAAGGCACGCUGGGGCCCGUGGAGGACUCAUCAAGGAUUCCACCGGGAGAGCCCAGGUCCUGACGAAGCCUCCCCAGGAUGACAUAAAGUUUAAAUUUUCUGAUGUCUGCAAGGCCGCGUUCCCAUUUCUGAAAGAUCGAUUGACGAGUUGUUCUAUAAUACGCGGCCCUAACUGGAAUCACUCCUUUGAGGUGAUAUGUGAGACUAGUAACUGUGCUGUGGGAGCAAUACUAAGUCAGAAAAUCCAAGGGAAAAGUUAUGUUGUCCUCUAUGCAUCAAAAAUAUUGGAUCAGGCGCAAAGGAACUAUGAUGUGACCAAGAAAGAAAUGCUAUCAGUAGUCUUUGCAUUUGGGGAGUUCAGACAACACCUACGUGGGUCCAAAGUGAUGGUGUAUACAAACCAUGCGGCCAUCAAAUACCUAUCAUCUAAGAGGAGAUCAAACCAGCAUUUGAUCAGAUGGUUACUCCUUCUACAGGAGUUUGAGUGGGAAGCAGUUGAUAGGAAAAAGAUGUGA